AUGGUUGAAAGUUUCAAUAAUGAAGUUAAAUUGAUCGAAUCGGAUUUUCUUAAUGUGGUAGAGUAUCUUUUCGAUGAAAUUGAAAAAGAUAUUAUCAACGCGAUCGAUAGAUUAAACCCGGAAAUUAUUGGAACAAAUCGAAAAGUAGAGCUUAGCGAUGAAGAAGAAAAAGUUAUUCCCAUUUUAAGACGGGCUGCUGUCACUGCUGAAAAUCUGGAAAGAAUUGAUCUUACUGUUUCCGAGGCUAACUUCGACAACGCAUUUCCCAACUUGCUCGCCAAAAGAUUCUUAAAUAGCGAGGAACUAAAGAUGGGCGGAUAA